UCUGACCCAGAUCGAGCGGCGGAGACGCAGAAGAACCAGGAAGUGAAAGUACACACAUGGAGGGUGUGUCUGCCCCCGCCACCGUCGUGAGUUUUCCGUCCGGCGGCAGCAGCAGCGGGUAGAGCAGAUCCAUGAUGGGGGACUCGGCGAGGAGCCGGCGGCGGGAGCAGCUGCAGCGCUGGGCCGGGUCCGGCACCGACACGGCGUCCGCGCUGCCGCGGCGGCGGCGGCGGGGCCGCGGGGCCGGGGCCGGCCCGGAGGACGCGCCGCCCGGGCCCGGCGGGGACGAGGAGCAGGGCCGGGACGAGGGCAGCCCCGGCCUCCGGAGAAGGAAGAGGGUGAGGUUUGACCGGUGUGCUGAGUUCCUGGCUGCCUGUGCCAGCGGGGACACGGAGGAGGCCACGUCCAUGGUGGACGAGGCCAAACAGACCAUCAGGACGGACAGUGACAGUGUGGCAAACAUCGUCAACUGUUCCAAUGCCGACGGCAUCACCGCCCUGCACCAGGCCUGCAUAGACGGCAGCAUGGAAAUGGUGACGUUCCUUCUGGAGAAUGAUGCCGGCGUGAACCAGGUUGACAGUGAGGGAUGGACGCCGCUGCAUGUUGCUUCCUCUUGCGGCUACCCUGACAUUGCAGAGUUUCUUUUGCAACGAGGUGCGUGUCUGACUGCCGUGAACUGUGAUGGGGAUGUUCCCGCGGACAUCGCUCUGGACGAGACCACCGAGUCCCUCCUGCAGGAUUACACGCUGAGACAAGGCGUGGACCUGGAGGCGGCUAAGCGUCUGGAGGAGGAGCACAUCAUGACGGAUGCUCGGACCUGGCUGACCGAGGGCCCGCCGGCCGACGUCCGGCACCCAAAGACGGGGGCCACGCCGCUGCACGUGGCGGCAGCCAAGGGCUACGUGGAGGCGCUGAAGAUACUGUGCCAGUGCGGGCUGGACGUGUCGGCCACAGACCUGGACGGCUGGACGCCCCUCCACGCCGCAGCGCACUGGGGCCAGGGCGAGGCCUGCUGCAUCCUGGCCGAGCAGCUGUGCAACAUGGAGGCUCGCAGCAACGGGGGUCAGACACCGUUCGAUGUUGCUGAUGAAAGUGUGGAGGGGCUUCUGGAGGAGUUGUCACAGAAACAAGCCAACUGGCGAAAUGAACAGUCUAUAUUAGACAGGCAGAACCAAGCCGGCUCCAACGCUGCAAAUGCACAAAACAAGCGCCGAAGGAGUUCGGUGUGCAGGAUGAGCAGCAAAGACAAGCUGAACGUUCAGGACCAGUCUAAAGAGAGGAGUGUGUCCGGCAGCCUGAAGCUGAGCGAGGAGAAGGAGAGCAGUCCCGAAAGCUCCACUGUGUCCAGUCUGGACCCGGAGAGCGUGACCACAUCUGCAGCCGGUCCUGCUGACAAGACAUCGGAGGAGAAGGAUGAGGAGGCGGAGGAAGAGCAGCAGAAGGAGCAGGACAAGGCCAGCCGGACGGCCAGAGUCCAGCCCACUCCUCAGACCAGAGAAGCUGCUGCCGACAGUCCCAACGCUCCCGCCGCCGACAAGAAGCACAAACAGUUCCAGGCUCCCGUCAGAGACGAGGAGUCUGAAUCUCAGAGGAAAGCUCGCUCUCGGCUGAUGCGUCAGUCUCGCCGCUCCACGCAGGGUGUGACCCUCACCGACCUGAAAGAAGCAGAGAAGAGCGUGGGCAAAGCGGCCGACCCUCCUCCUCCUCGGAACGUCCAGUCAGUGAGCCCCAUCGUCACCGUCACGCCGGCAGAGAGAGACACAGACCCGGAGAAGCAGGCGGAGCAGCAGGGAGACAAACGCCUGGGCGUGAAGGACCGGAGGAAAGGCCGGAGGGAGAGACGCUCCACGGGCAUCGUCCAGCUGGGAGAAAAUGAGGAGGACGAUGUUCAGCCCGAUGAUCAAAAUAGUGACGGCACUUCUCUCGGGAACCAGCUGGGAGACUCGUCUGCAGAUUACCGAACGUUGUACUUCAAGGUGCUGGAGGAGAACGUGUCUCUGAAGGACAAGCUGCAGGAGAUGGAGCUGCUGCUGAGCCAGAACAAGGUGGAGCUGGAGAGACUCCGACAGAGUCAGGACAGCUUCACCGACAAACCCGCCCUGUUGGAGUUGGAGAGAUUCGAGAAGUUGGCCCUCCAGAGGAAAGCAGUGGAACUGGAGGACGAGCUGAAGGUUCUGGGCGACCUCCGAGCAGACAACCAGAGGCUGAAGGAUGAGAACGCCGCCCUCAUCCGAGUGAUCAGCAAACUCUCCAGAUGAACCUGGAAAAGCCCGGAGAGUGAAAGUAUUCCAGGAACGAUCUGUUUGCCAAGGCGGAGGAGACGCAGCAACACGGCCGGAGAACAGACCACUUUCAGGGUUAUCGCCUGCACUUGGGCCUUUUACAUUUUGGCAGAUCUACUGUAUAACAAGCUGAACUGCACCUCCUUCGGGUCGACGGGAUGUUCCUGUUCACAUCCACUUUUAUAAGUUUUUAUUGUACCUUUUUUUUUUUUUUUUUAAACUGGAAUAUUUUAAUGUGCUUUGCUUCAGUAAUCUUGGUAUAAAAUCUGUGUUAAGAGACUUGAAGCCAUGCACAGUGAGGGCUGACGGCUACAUUUUAUUUUUAUUUCGCUUCUUGAAUAGUUUGAGGAAUUUAGAGGGAAAAAAAACCAACAAAAAAAUAAAAAUAAAGCCAGUCAGGUGUGUGGGCCGAUCGCUCACGAGAAAUGACUUUAAUGUGCCAAAAGAGGGAAAAGAUAGAAAGAAAAAAAAAAAAAGCUCCCAGUUUUGCACAUCCGUUUUGUAAAACUCCAAGUGGUCAGUGUUUUUCUCAGGAAGAUUUUCUGUUUGAUUCUUCCUGUGUUUAUUUUAGCCGGCUGCUGCGACGGUGGACCAAAACCUGCACACUCGUUUCUCUUGUGCUUCCCUGAACCUGCACGUCACGCCUAGAUUUACUAACACACACCGGUGUGGGAGGAUGGAGAGCUUAGGGGUGUCAAUUGACUAUUUGUAAAACAUUAUGUUACAGACGUGAAGUCAUUCGGGGGUCGUGGAAAACACUCGCUCUAACUCGAUCAGUCGUGCCGCUUCGCCAUGUUUGACUGGACGCUUGUGACGGCAGCAAAGUACUCUCGUGAUGGACAACUGUUUAGAAAACAGGCCAGAUGGGUCAUCCUUUGAAUGUUUACUUCAUUAUGAGGAAAAAAAAAAGAUGCAUGCCCGAUAUUUUGAUGCCGUGCCUUUGAAUAUACAUUUGUUAGUAUUAUUUCUAUUUUGCUUUGGCAAUGUACACUGUUGAGUAUAAAAUACAACAUGGGCAUAAAUGAUUCAGGAUCUGUUGCUUCUCUCUAUGUGAGUCCUUCCUCUUUUUUUCUUACCAAUAUUACAGCUGUAUUUCCCCCUAUAAAAUAAAGUAAGAGAAAGUACCUCUAAAUAGUGUUGGUUAAUUUAGAUAUUUGUCCAUGACAGGUUUCAUCCACCAGAGGGCGCUGAUGAGAUUCAUUUUACGUGGUGAAAAUUACACAUUUGUUAAAUAACCAUUUUCUGUAAGUUUUUAUCACAGGUCAUUCCUGAAUUUGUUUUUCUGACAGUGUUAAACACAGACAUUUGGGAAAAUGUAGCUAUUGUGGCAGUAAAGUAUAGAGGAAACUGGUGUUUUUAAAUAAAUGUCUUGUCCAUGCUGU